UGAUACUCUCCAGUGAUCUUCAAAAGCGUACACAAAUCGUACGCUCGAUGCAGAAAUGUUUUUAGAAUUCUUUCUUGUUAUAACAAUUGUGUACGGCGGCUUGUGUUGCGAUACAGUUAAAAAUGGACCGAGCUUUGCCGUCGAUUAUGAAAACAACCAAUUUUUACUUGAUGGAAAACCGUUCAGGUAUGUUAGUGGUAGUUUCCACUAUUUUCGGGCUCCACGACAGUAUUGGAGAGAUAGAUUGCAAAAAAUGAGAGCUGCUGGAUUAAAUGCAGUCUCAACGUACGUUGAAUGGAGUCUACAUCAACCGGAACCUGACGUUUGGGUAUGGGACGGCGAUGCAGAUAUAAUUGAAUUCAUAAAAUUAGCACAAGAAGAAGAUCUUUUGGUAAUCUUGAGACCAGGUCCUUACAUUUGCGCAGAAAGAGAAUUUGGAGGUUUUCCCUACUGGCUUCUGAACCGCGUUCCUGACAUCAAAUUACGAACAAAUGAUUCAAGAUAUUUGCAAUAUGCCGAAGAAUACCUUAAUCAGUUAUUAAUUCGCGUAAAGCCUUUUCUAAGAGGAAAUGGAGGACCAGUUAUUAUGGUUCAGAUAGAAAACGAAUAUGGAAGUUUUUAUGCUUGUGAUAGUGACUACAAAAAUAAGUUGAAGGAUACUGUUAAAAAGCACGUUGGAAACAAAGCUCUUUUAUAUACAACGGAUGGUUCGUAUAGAGAAGCUCUUCGAUGUGGUCCAAUACCGGGGGUUUAUGCUACCGUCGACUUUGGAACGUCUGCAAAUGUUACAGAAAAUUUUGAGAUGAUGAGAGAAGUUGAACCAAAGGGACCUUUGGUGAACUCAGAAUUUUAUCCAGGUUGGUUAAGUCAUUGGGAAGAACCAUUUGAGAGAGUAGAAACGCCAAACAUCACCAAAGUUCUCGAUGAAAUGUUAUCGUUAGGGGCCUCUGUGAAUUUUUACAUGUUUUACGGUGGGACAAACUUUGCAUUUACUUCAGGCGCUAACAUAUUCGACAACUACGCUCCAGACCUUACAUCUUACGACUAUGAUGCACCUCUUACUGAAGCUGGAGAUCCAACUGAUAAAUACUUUGAAAUUAAAAAAAUAAUAUCAAAGUAUUUGCCCAUACCUAAACUACCCACUCCAGCCGUAUCCUUGAAGGGCGAAUACGGCUCAGUGACGUUGCGACCAGUACUCAAUUUAUUCGACAUGGCUUCUCGAAAUUUAUAUGGAACAAAACAAGUAAAAGUCAUGACCAACGAUCCACCAACAUUUGAAGCUCUUGGUUUGUCCAAUUGGCUAGUAUUAUACGAACUUGUAGUACCUGAAAGUCUACGCUCUGAAGAUAAAAUUCAAUUAAAUGCGUUUCCAAAAGAUCGAGCAUUGGUAUACGCAGAUGGAAAAUUUUGUGGUACUUUGAGUCGUUCUCACAGAGUUAAUAGUACAAUUUUAGAUACACCAAACGAAAUCAAGAUAUUAGUUGAAAAUCAAGGUCGAGUAAACUUUGGAAACAUAGAUGUCGAAGAUUUUAAGGGGCUAUUCAAUGUAUCGAUAAAUGACGCUAAAGUCGAAUACUGGAAUGUUACUGGUUUCCGUUUUGAUGAAAGUAUGGAAUCUUCGUUAGGUAAUAUGCAAUCGACUAUUGCUGAAACACGUACAUUAAUGAGUGGCCCACAAAUCCUAAUCGGUCAUUUCGAAAUUGACGGAGAACUUCGUGAUACAUAUUUGAAUACAGAAAAUUGGGGGAAAGGAAUUGCUUUUGUAAAUGGUCAUAAUCUGGGAAGAUAUUGGCCUUUGAUAGGGCCUCAAUUAACAUUAUAUGUUCCUGCCCCUUACUUGAAAAAAGGCAAAAAUUUGUUGGUGUUAGUCGAGUUGGAGUAUGUCCCUGAAAAUAGAAAGAUUAGUUUCCAAACUAUUCCAGUUUUGGAUUAUCCAGCCAAAAUCAUAACAACAUUAAAAUAGAUGUGAAGAAGUAUUAUGUUUCAAUAGAAUUAUUGUUCUCCAAAACCAUUAGUUUCUCAAAACUUUUCAAAUAGUAAGUUGUUGCGAUGUGAAUAAAUAUUUCACUGUUAUUUUCUUUGUUUUUGUUAAAAAGUGUGCAACGGUAUGUAUAAUACAAAUUAAUCUAAUCUAAUAUUUAUGAGGCUAUAUAUAUUUCAGAAAUAAAUGAGUAUGCAAAUUAUUCACUA